UUCGAGCUCUGCCCGCACGGUCACUCUGGCCAAUUUGUUUACGCCGUACAGCGCACGGAUUGCAGUUGGGCCAACAACAAGGCGCGAGCAUAAACAGCGAUACUAACAUGGCCGGCUUCGUGGCGGUGCACACAGGGGCUGGGAACUGCAUCGACGAGACCAAGUACCAGCGGGUGAUCAAGGAGGCGUGCCUGCGCGCCACGGACAUCCUGCGCAACGGCGGAUCCGCCGUGGACGCCUGCGAGGCCGCCAUCAUCCGGCUGGAGAACUGCGGCUACACGAACGCCGGCUACGGCUCCAAUCUCUGCAUGGACGGAUCCGUGCAGUGCGAUGCGGCCAUCAUGGACGGCUCCACGCUGAACUUUGGUGCAUGCACGAACGUCAGCAGGGUGAAAAACCCUAUCCAGUUGGCCAGACGCAUCUGUGAUGCCCAGUCCAGUCCGCAGCUGCUGGAGCGCAUUCCACCGAUGAUUCUCGCCGGCACUGGUGCCGAACGCUAUGCCGACGAGGUGGGCUGCUCCAUGGUAGAUCCCGCCGUGCUGAUCUCAUCGAAGGCCAAGUUCCAGUUCAACCACUACAAGAGCAAAUACGACCUGGUGGUCAGCAGCAGAUUGGGCAAGGCGGCCUCUGAGGAGCCUGUGCCAGUGCCGGAGCCAGGAAACGAGGUGGAACUGGCCGCUGCCCUGGACACCGUUGGUGCGGUGUGCGUGGAUGGGGCUGGGAACACGGCGGCAGGAUGCAGCUCUGGCGGAAUACUCUUGAAGGUUCCGGGAAGGGUGGGCCAGGCGGCAACCUACGGAGCCGGCUGCUGGGCCACCGAUACGGACGACCUGGCCAUUGCCACCUGCACGACCGGAAACGGUGAGUACCUGAUGAAAACACUGCUGGCCAGGGAGAUCUGCCACGGGGCCUUCAGCAGCGACUGCGCGGUGACCAGUCUGCACAAGACGUUCAAGCAAAAGUUCCUGGACUCACCGCUGCUGCCCCGGCAGCAGGAUCUCUACGCCGGAGCCCUGACCCUGCUCUACUAUCCGGGCCAGAGCAGCGGCGAGGUGAUGUGGAGCCACACGACGCAGUCGUUCUGUGUCGGCUACAUGGCAACCAACCAGAGGGUGCCAAAGUUUGUGCAUUCGCCGCUGCCCACGUACAGCGUCCCGGGGCGAUCGUGCGUCGUCAAUGGCCAUAAUUUCCAUUUGCGCAUUUAAAUGUGGGCUGGCCAACUAGCCUCAGCCACAGCCUAUCCGCAUCCCCCUGCUGCUCUUGGUCCUGGUCCUGCUGCUCUGCAUCUGCAAUUCAUUUGAUUUAAUGUUUAAUUGCCGCGACAAUCGCUGCCAAUGACAUAUGGCAGAAGAAAGCGCCGGAGGAGCUGGGGCAGAAUUAUUGUAUACGCUGAUUUCUCUCUCGGCGAAAUAUUAAGAUAAUUAAGCAAAAACUUUUAUUGUAAAUUCUCGUAGAUCGUAAUGUGUGCAGUACUAGUAGUAGCAAUGUAAUAGGAUUUCGAAUAUUGUUCUCCUCGUCGAACCGGGUGCGCUAGAUAAAUCAGACGGCGGCAUGCGAGUCGGUUCGGUAUAUCAUAUUCGAGUGGGCAUAUGUUUGUAUCCGUUUGUAUAUUUAGACGCGCUGACUUGUGUGCGCAUCUGUGUGCUUAUGUCCAAGUGUUUACGGCCAUCAAUGUACAGAACUUAGCCCAUUAAUUUGAGCUAAACAGAAGCCACAGCAUGCACACACAAUAUCAAGGUCCCCAGUAUCGCGAGUUGUCCUCAACAUGAAUAUUUGAUAAUUGUGAAAAUGCUUUUACUUUUAGCGUAAACCGAUUUGUACAUAUAAUACACACAUGACGCGAGCUGUUUCAGACAAAACAUUCAUACAUAUUUUCUCCGUUUAUGGGGUUUCGGCUAAUAAUCCCAUGGUAUUUCAUGGCAAAUAAUUGCUAAACAUCUCGAGGCUUUUUCAAACUACUUACAACAACCCCAAUAAAAGAGUUCCAUUAGCCGAUGAU